UGUGUCGGCACAAACUCGACCGGUGAUCCCAAUCAGCAACAAUACGUCUGCGGGGACUACCGUCUCGGUCCCCUCCACCUCCCCACCAAACUCCCCGUCUCCUCCCUCGUCCACUCCUACGCUCCCUUCUCCGGCCUUUGUCCCGGCGCCUUCCUCGCCCAAUGGACCUUCCCCUCCAACGGCUCCUACCGCUAUCCUCCCGUAGACGGCUUCCAAGUCACCACGGAUAACGAACCGAUCGAAGGACGCGUCAAGCUCACGGAGGGGACGAAGGUGGAUCGUUUCGGGAGCGAAUACGGCACAUUUUUGAGUCCGAAGGGCGCGCCGUAUGUGGAGAGAGCAUUGCCGCCGCAGAAUUUGGAUACGUCGAGCAGUGCGCCGGAGUAUCCGAAUGGGUACCAUGUGUAUGAAGUGGUGAAGGCCUUUGACGUAGUGCAGGGACCCAUCGCGCCAUGGUUUGGACAGCCGGGUGGAGGAUCACAGUACGUGCCUUUUCGCAUUUUGCUGAAGUGCAGUGCUUGA